AUGGCACUUCCAGCUGGUCAAAAAAACGACGCACUGUUCCAUGUCCUCUUCAGGAGAGUGCUCGUGCUCAGUUUCCUGGCGACGGUGGUGGCAAAGGAUGAGGAGAAGAAGAUCGACGGUCCAGUGAUUGGCAUUGACUUAGGCACCACCUACAGCUGCGUGGGCAUUUACAAGAACGGCCGAGUGGAGAUCAUCCCCAAUGACCAGGGCAAUCGCAUCACUCCCUCCUACGUGGCCUUCACCGAUGACGAGCGCCUCAUCGGCGAGGCCGCCAAGAACCAGGCGACCAUCAACCCCACUCAGACCUUGUUCGAUGUGAAGCGCUUGAUCGGGCGGCGCUUCAAGGAUUCCACGGUGCAGAAGGACAUCAAGCUCCUGCCUUAUGCCAUCGUCGACAAGGGCAGCAAGCCCAUGAUUAGCGUGAAGGUCAAGGGCGAGGAGAAAGUGAUGGCUCCUGAGGAGGUGUCGUCCAUGGUUUUGACGAAGAUGAAGGAGACCGCCGAGAACUACUUGGGCAAGGAAGUGAAGCAUGCCGUGGUGACCGUGCCGGCAUACUUCAACGAUGCGCAGCGACAGUCGACCAAGGAUGCUGGAACCAUUUCCGGCAUGAAUGUCUUGCGCAUCAUCAACGAGCCGACCGCGGCGGCCAUCGCCUAUGGAUUGGACAAGAAGACUGAGAAGAACAUCUUGGUCUACGACUUGGGCGGUGGCACCUUCGAUGUCUCGCUGCUGACCAUCGACAACGGCGUCUUCGAGGUCGUGGCCACCAACGGCGACACCCACUUGGGCGGUGAGGACUUCGAUCAGCGUGUGAUGCAGCACUUCAUGAAGAUCUUCCAGAAGAAGCACGGCAAGGACAUGUCCAAGGAUAAGCGCUCCAUCCAGAAGCUUCGACGUGAGGUGGAGAAGACCAAGCGAGCUUUGAGCUCCACCCAUCAGGCACGCCUGGAGAUCGAGGCGUUGUACGAUGGCACCGACUUCUCCGAGACCUUGACCCGCGCGCGCUUCGAGGAGCUCAACGCGGAUCUCUUCAAGAACACCUUGGGCCCAGUGAAGCAGGUGUUGGAGGAUUCCGGCCUCAAGAAGAACCAGGUCGAUGAGAUUGUGCUCGUGGGCGGUUCCACUCGAAUUCCCAAGGUGCAGCAGCUCAUCAAGGAUUUCUUCAACGGCAAGGAGCCCAACCGUGGCAUUAACCCUGAUGAGGCUGUGGCCUACGGUGCUGCCGUGCAGGCGGGCAUCUUGAGCGGCGAGGGCGGUCAGGAUUUGCUGCUCUUGGACGUAACGCCCUUGACCUUGGGCAUCGAGACCGUGGGCGGCGUCAUGACCAAGCUGAUCUCCCGAAACACGGUGAUCCCCACCAAGAAGUCGCAGAUCUUCUCCACCUACCAGGACAACCAGCCGGCCGUGAACAUCCAGGUCUACGAGGGCGAGCGACCCAUGACCAAGGACAACCACUUGCUGGGCAAGUUCGAGUUGGGCGGUAUCCCUCCUGCUCCUCGUGGUCAGCCGCAGAUCGAGGUGACCUUUGAGAUCGACAGCAAUGGCAUUUUGAACGUGGGGGCCGAGGACAAGGGCACCGGCAAGAGCGAGAAGAUCACCAUCACCAACGACAAGGGCCGUCUCACCGAGGAGCAGAUCGAGAAGAUGAUCCGAGAAGCCGAGGAGUUCGCCGAUGAGGACAAGAAGGUGAAGGAGCGCGUGGACGCGAAGAACGCCUUCGACGGCUACGUCCAUUCCAUGCGCUCGGCCACCGAAGGCUCCGGCGACAACAAGGGCUUGAGCGAGAAGAUGGACUCGGAUGAGAAGGAGAAGAUUCUGGAUGCCUUGAAGGAUGGCCAGUCCUGGUUAGAUUCCAACCCGGAGGCUGAUGCCGAGGAGAUCAAGGAGAAACACAAGGAGAUCGAAGGCAUUUGCGCUCCCAUCGUCUCCAAGUACUACGGCGGAGGCGCCUACAUGCCACCCCUGAAUGUGGGUGGCGGCUCCUAUGUGCCGCCCGUGGGUGCGGGAGGUCCUCCUGGAGGCUCCUAUGUGCCUCCACCAGAUCUGCUGCAGGCCAGUGGAGGAGGCUCCUAUGUGCCACCACCGAAUCUGGGUGGAGGCGGAGGUUCCUAUGUGCCUCCGGUGCAAAUGCCCACAGUGAUGCAGCCCCAGGUGCCGAGCUAUGCCACGAUGCCUGGCAUGGCGGCUCCGCCCACCACCUACGGGCCUGUCCCUUCGGCGUACUCACCGGGGACCAACUAUCCGCCCACAACGGUAAGCGAACCGACCACUUGGGCCGAACGCUGA